AUGGGUAAAAAAAAGAAUGCUUCCUCAGCGGGGGAUAAAGCGGACCUUUCAACAAUACAAAAUAUAUCUCUCGAGUCAAUAACGUCAACGAUUCGCGAACGUUAUCAAAAUGAUAAUAUUUAUACACGUAUAAACCACUCCGUACUAGUAGCGGUGAACCCUUAUAAAAUUCUUCCUAUAUUUAAUGAUACAACUAUUCAACAAUAU